AUGGCUGAUAAAAACAUCUCUUCAGAUGCAAUAAAGCUGGCAUGCUCGUUGUUAGGGCUUACUUAUUUCAUCUAUCUUAUUAGAUCAGAUGCACAGCAAGCUUACAAAAAGCGGGCACACUGGAUCCCUGGAAACGCUUUCAUUUUGAGCGCCCUCACAAUUCAAGUUCUGUCCUACCUCGACACCUCCACUGUCAGCAUUUCAGAUACGCCCAAUUUUAGCGAGAUGGCAUUGCUGCUUGGUAAUCAUCUCCUAAUUGAAAGUGAAAGGCUCAUAAUCUGUGUGUUCAUAGGAUACUUACUGCCUGGAAUGGCUCGCCCUGGCUCCGGAGGCCAGUGGGGAGAUAUCUCUGCCUUGGUCAUCACUUUGAUAACUGAUAUCGGCUCCGAGCUCUACUUUCUUCAUAGGAGCAAAGAUCUUUUCCGACUCCUCACCGAGCAGAAAACCGUCCAAAAGAUAGACUAUGAUUAUAGAUUUGAAAUGGCAGAAGUAUUCAAGCAGCAACCUUCAAUUCGAACAUGGUUCAUGGUAUCCAGUGGGGGUAUAUUGGUAUCUGUUAUAUUACUCAUCCUUUUCUUAGGGUGCGCCAUUGUUGCAGGGAACACUAUUCGAGGAAUUCUUUCUCAAAGGAUUUCGGCGGCUCUUUCGACUGAGAAGACAGAAAAAAACUCAUGGAAAUGGAUUGAAGAAGAGGUGUUCAAAUCGUGGAUCUUGGCUCGUUCGUGCCGCCCCGAAUAUGUCAUAUCGAGGUCUGUGUUGAGCUCAGGAGCUGGCAUGGUAGUCACUUUUCGUAUUAUUUUGUCCUUGCUCAAAUUCAGUUUUGUGCAAUAUAAGAGUGUUGUUCUUCUUCGUGACGGGCUGGAUGGAUUGAGGAAGGCCAGAUUGGUAUUUCAGUACGGGUUCGUGUUAGUAGGGUGGAUAGUCGUAUGCUGGAGAUGGAUCACGGCCAUUGUCUACUUUCCGAGGCUGAAGCACACAAGGAGAUUCUUUGUCGUCGAGGAUUUCUGGACAAGGGCCAUCUCCCAGAAGAGAUUUGGCUGGAAAAUCUCUAAUGCUUUGCAGAGAGAAAAGAUUUCCAAGGAGAAAUUAGCUAACCGUAUCAGAUUGCGUGUUUAUCUGUGUUUGCAGCAUUCAGUGGAGAUUAUUGUGGCAGGUUUUCUGAUGGCUCUGCAGAGUAUGGUGGUGUUGUUGGGCAAAUUUUGUUGGGUUUUGUCGGAGAUUGCAAUCGGCAACAAUUUCGUCCGUAGAUGCGUUUUAGGAUGCCGAGACCUUAAUUUCUAUAAGUACACGGCUGUUGAAGCUGCCAAGCAUGACUAUGACGAGUUUGGCAAGUACCGCCAAGUUUUGAAGCGGGUCUGCAUGCCACAAGAAAGCGCAGCCAGUCUCUGGUUAGCCAGCAAGAAAUCUAUUCAACUAACGAAGGAGCGCAUGGAAGCCGGAUACAAGGACGCCAAAGAGUCGGCAGAUUUGGUUGAACUAAUCAGACAUUACAAAAUUUCAGGUACUGAAAGCGUUUUGAAUGAAUUUGAGUCAUUGCCACUUGUCAAAGCUUAUUUCCCCAAUCUGGAUAAAAUGUGCUGGAAGAUGACAGCUGUGUCUUAUCUCAACAUCAUAGCUAAAAUCUUUCCACGCUCUGAGGGUCUCCGCAGAAGCAUCAAAAUCUAUGAACAGGCAGAGGAUUUCAUGAAUUUUUUAGAUACUGCAGAGAUCGAAGCUGAUGAAAUGGACUUUCUAGACAGACUGGGGAUGGAGGCCGAUCAGAUGAGCAAGGCUGCAGACGCGGAGUUCAAGAUGCUGCAAAAAGAUGUUUCUAAAGAUAAAAUUAUAAAUAUUCCUACAGUGGAAGAGAUUCGAAGGCUAAAGCUUUUCGCUGAGCAGGUUCUGACAAAUAACAAGUUGCUUGAGAAAGAUGCGGAUGCUGAUGGUGUGGAGUUACAAGACUCCAAGGACUUGUUGAACAUAGCGCCCAGCUACAGCUUGUUCAGGGUGUGCAAGCACUUACUGGAUAGUCCUGAUGGCGAUGCGAUGGAUUUGGGGGACCUGUGGGAUAAAAUAGAAGCUAAUCUACGUAAUCUUUUUGCUCAUUGCGUUUCACAAGUAGCAUAUAAGCUGGUAAAUAACUGCAGGGAUUGGGCAAAGGAAUUUGAUGAAGAUAAAAUAUGGGAUGCAGUUUACACAGCAGGGAAGGUGAAGUGGGUGUUCGAAAUCUGCGAAGUGGAUACUCCACAGCCAGCUUGA